CCAAGACAAUGGCAACCAGGAGAAGCCAAACCUGGUCGUCCGUCUGAAAUCGCGGAGGGGUCCCGGCUCGUGGCCUGACUACGUGCAGCGAUAAUGGCGCUCUACGAGCUCUUCUCUCACCCGGCCGAGCGCGGCUACCGCGCUGGGCUCUGCUCCAAGGCCGCGCUGUUCCUGCUCCUGGCCGCCGCCCUCACGUACAUCCCGCCGCUGCUGGUGGCCUUCCGGAGCCACGGGUUCUGGCUGAAGCGGAGCAGCUACGAGGAGCAGCCGACCGUGCGCUUCCAGCACCAGGUGCUGCUCGUGGCCCUUCUGGGACCGGAGCAAGGCGAGUUCCUCGCCUGGAGCACGUUCCCCGCCUUCAACCGGCUGCAGGGGGAUCACCUGCGCGUCCCGCUGGUUUCGACUAGAGAAGAGGACAGGAACCAGGAUGGGAAAAUGGACAUGUUACAUUUUAAACUGGAGCUUCCCCUGCAGUCCACGGAGCAUGUUCUUGGUGUGCAGCUCAUCUUGACUUUCUCCUACCAAUUGCAUAGAAUGUCAACAUUCAUGAUGCAAAGUAUGGCGUUCCUCCAGUCCUCCUUUGCUGUUCCUGGGUCCCAGUUAUAUGUGAAUGGAGACCUGAGGCUGCAGCAGAAGCAGCCGCUCAGCUAUGGUGGCCUAGAUGUCCGAUACAACGUGUCUGUGAUCAAUGGGACCAGCCCUUUUGCCUACGACUACGACCUCACCCAAAUUGUUGCUGCCUACCGAGAAAGGAAUGUUACCACCAUUCUGAAUGACCCCAACCCUAUCUGGCUGGUGGGCAGGGCUGCUGAAGCUCCAUUUGUGAUUAAUGCUGUCAUCCGAUACCCUGUGGAAGUCAUUUCUUAUCAACCAGGAUUCUGGGAGAUGAUAAAGUUUGCCUGGAUCCAGUAUGUCAGUAUCCUGCUUAUCUUCCUCUGGGUGUUUGAAAGAAUCAAAAUAUUCGUGUUUCAGAAUCAAGUGGUGACCACAAUCCCUGUAACAGGGAUGCCCCAGCAAGAUGUGUAUAAGGAGCACUUAUCAUGAGAAAUCUGAAGACUCAGCAGCACCACGGCUACCUCACUGUUGUCUUCUGAGAACUGCCAUCUGAUGACAUUUCUGAAAAGAGCCCAGUGGGCACAUGCGGACUUAUGUGUUUUUCUCCUCAGAGACAAAGAGCAGUUAUUUCCAAUUUUGCUGUAUACAAAUUCUAUAUCUUUUUUUUUUUUUUUUGGUGGCUGGCCAGUGUGGUGAUCCGAACCUGUAACCUUGAUGUUAUAAGGCUACCCUCUAACUAGGUGAGCUAACUGGCCAGCCCAAAUUCUGUAUCUUCUAAGCACCUACAUCAGGGACUAGUGUGUGGAAAGGUCUGAGCAUUUCUGGAGACUAUAAUUCAUUUUUGAGGUUUUGGGUGUUUUUUGUUUGUUUGUUUGUUUUGCUUUAGCCUUGAAUUUCAGGAGAAAAUUACAGUCAGUUCAGAUGUCUUGGAAAGACUACCAUCUCUGGUCAAGCAAAGACUUCUUCUCUUGAAAUGAGAAACACACUGUGCAUUUCUUCCCCCUAUUGUAAACCACUUUUUACUCUUUUCAGGGCUCUCUUGUGACAAAUAUGCACAUCGAUAGCACUUUCCACUUCUGAGCAUUUACUUUUUCUUUUCAGAACUUUGAUUUCCAGAACUGAGGUCUCUAACUGGAGAACUGGUGGGGGUGGGGCUCAAGCCCAAGAGCCACAUUAACAUGUGUGGGAGGAUGGGCGACUGGAAGAAACUCACACCAUCCACCUGCCCUCAGUCUAACAGACAGUCAUCUGUCAUCAGCUCAGCUGAACAGCCCUUUAUCCCUUCUGUGGCUGGCUCUUUGCCCUGCCUUUUGCCCUCUGUCUGUGCCCCUGGGAUGGCAGGCUGAAGUCAGAAGUGCUGUUUCAUUCAUGUUCCCUCGGCAACAGAGGGGGCAGUAAGGAUUGUAACAACAGGGUCUUUCUCUCUGGCCCUCACCCAAGAGCCUGGACAUUUGCCACUCCUCCUCCUUGCCUGCCCUCCCCCUUCCUGGAAAGGAUGUGGGUGACAGAGGAGUUGUUGUUGGUAUUGGCUCCCACUGCCUGACAACCACAGAGUUUAUUUGGAGAACUAGCAGGAAGCCCAGCUACUUGUAUUUGUCUUGACUGAGGAACAGGGUGCCCAUCAGAAGGGGCAGCUUCGGGAAGGAUACAAGGAGUGAGGGAUUAAAGAGGAUGCUAGGCCAGGCAGUGCAAUCCAGCCUGGCUAUUAGAAUGACCAGCAGUCCAGCCAGGUUACCCUCAUAGCUAAGCAAGUGUCUACAGGAGAAGAGAUGGCUAGAAUGGGCCUUUGGUGCACGGGGAAGGCUGAUUAUUCACCUUCAUUCCCCUCCUGAGGAAACCAACAUGCCGUCCCCUUAAAGCCAAGAUGGAUCUGCUUUAUGAUCCAAGCAUGUCAUUGGCACUGGAAGGACAUAGCCCUUGGGAGCCAUGUUUCAUGCCCACUCAUAAACACACCCCUUAGUGUUACCUCAGUUUAUCUUGGAGAUUCAGUUUUUAUUUCCAAAGCAUCUUUUCUUUCAGGCUGACCAAAAUAAGAGUUUUGGAAACAAAGCUAUUUUGAAGUAGUCAAGCCGAAAAAUUCCCCAACACUGGCCCCUCUGCCUUUUCUUUUAAUAUUUAGGGCUAUUUAUGUGCCUACAUUUUUUUUUUUUUUUUUUUUUGAGAUUUAAAUGAAAAAUGGUUUCUGGUUGAAAUCCCAAAAAGGUAGUGAGAUAUGGAAAGAUGGCUAAGGAUAUGUGUAAACAUUGCUUUGCAUUUUAUUAAAUUAUUCUAACACAAAAUUUGCAUGAA